CCUCAGUGGCGUCACAAAGCGUGCGGCGGCGGAUUUCCCGUCGUGCCUCGGGGCUCCCGGUCGCUCCACUCCAGCAGGAGAGACGCGCCUGGGAGUCUCCGGUGUCCUGCGCUCCCGGUGCCCAGGCCACGGUGUCCCUCCCUCCCCGGGAACAUGCCGCGCCGCCCUCCGCAGUGAUCCCCGGACAGAGGCAAUGACAGCGGCUCCGGUAUCCCCGCGGGAGAUCAGGGAGAGGCUGAUGCAGGCCAUCGAUAAGCACAGCAAUAUUCUUAACAUGGUGGCUGUGUUAGAAGUGAUCUCCAGCUUGGAGAAGUUUCCUAUUACCAAAGAGGCACUGGAGGAAACAAGAUUAGGAAAAUUAAUCAAUGAUGUUCGGAAAAAGACCAGCAACGAGGAUCUUGCCAAGCGUGCAAAGAAACUGCUGCGUAGCUGGCAAAAGCUCAUCGAGCCCGUACAACAGAAUGAGCAAUCUGCUAGGGGCACUCCAAAUCCACCUGGUUCUGCCAAUGGAGGCGGCACCCACAACUGUAAGGGAGAGACUACCCCAACUGUACUGUUGAGUGGAAAACCUGUUCAGGACUUCAAAGUCCGGAAUGAUAUCCAGAAGGCACAUUCUCCCAAGACUGAAAAGUUGGUUAACAGAAAGAGGAAGGGAGAUGUUCGAGAAGGUACCCAGGGGCCAGCUAACAAAGUGGCCAAACCUAGUCAUGAGCUGUUUCCAAACUCCUCACCUCUACCUACAAAUGGAAUUGGUGGAAGUCCCCCUGAAAGUUUGCCUGGUGCACUUGAUGGCAGCUUACAGACUAACCGCCUGGAGACUGAGAAUGAUAAGCAUAGCAAGAUCCCUGUAAAUGCUGUCCGGCCUCACACCAACUCCCCUGGACUUGUAAAACACCCAAGCACUUCCUCUUUGUUGAAAGCGGCCGUCCUGCAGCAGCACAGUGUAGCGCUAGAAGAUGCCCAUUCUCAUCAGCCACGUAGUCCCCGCUGUUCCUCUUUCAGCCCUCGUGGCACUAGAGCAGAGCUAGUGGCACGGCAGCACACCACAUAUGCACCAAAGGGUUCUGCGCCCAGCCCCUCUCAAAGGCUGCCUGGUGUGGACACUGCACAUGCACCCUCUUAUCAAUCCCCUGGGCACCCUGCUACACCUCCUGCCAUAGCAAAAAGACUUGAAUCUCCCAAAAGCGAAAUGGCAAACUCUUCACCUCACAGAUCAGUGGAGCAGCCACUCCCUGCUGACUGGCACCACCAGCAGUCUCCCAGGAUAACACAACAGCACACGUCAAGGAGCAGUCAGCCGUAUAUAGACCCUCAAACACCACACAGUGGCUUUUCACCAGAGCCCUCCAAAAUGGACAGCGAUGAUGCUACAUCUGGCUCAGAUAGUCGAAAGAAAAAGAAAUCCCGUAAUCGGGGUGAGCAAGAAGGGUAUUGUACAGAUGGGACUAGCAAACAGACACGAGUAAAAAAGGAUCGGAAGUUAAAAUUUGAUUUCAUGACUGGGCAAAUAAAACCCUUGACACACAAAGAUCCAGCUCAGAAUGAAAGUUCAGCCCCCUCAGAACAGCACAGAACUGAGACCGACAAACAGGACCCCAAACUCUGUCUGCCAAGUCCUUUUGAGCAGACAAACUGGAAGGAAUUGUCUCGAAAUGAGAUCAUCCAGUCCUAUCUCAAUCGGCAGAGCAGCUUGUUGUCUUCCUCUGGUGUACAGACGCAGAGUGCACAUUACUAUAUGUCUGAAUAUUUAAAACAGGAGGCAUGCACUAAGCGAGAAGCUAGAAAAACUCAUGUUUUAGUGCCACUUGCCCUCCCUAGUGAUCUGCCUGGAAAAAACAGGGAAGUAACUAGUGCGGACGUAGAAAGACUACAUGAUCAACAUUGGCCUGGUGUCAAUGGCUGUCACGAUACACAGGGCAAUUGGUAUGAUUGGACGCAGUGCAUCUCCUUGGAUCCACAUGGUGAUGAUGGUAGAUUAAACAUCUUGCCUUAUGUCUGCCUCGACUGAGCACCUGUCCCAAAUCUUUCUCAUAUCUGCGGUUGUCACUGCAAACCAUGGGUCGCUUGGCGACCACUGCUCAACAUGGAAGAUUUAAGUGAGAGAGGAGUUCCCUGUUUCAAGGGAUGUGGAGGGUGGGGUAGUAGAGCACCUGGAAGAGGAGAAGCUUUGUGUCCACUACAUCCUGGGAAUUGCCUUUCCCUGCCGGAGCUCCCCCAUGAGUCUGCCGCACCCGUUCUUUUCUGCUAAAUGCUGCUACCGGUUUACUAAAAGGAUUAAAGAAGAGGGUCAUGAAAUGCAAUCGAAGGGUGUGCAAAGGGGGGCUAAGUUUGGAGUUUUGAAACUCCUAUAGCUUGGCUGUAUAGUUGGCUGUAAUAAAAGAAAAAAAAAUCUGUGAAAAAUUCAAGUGUUAAGUUCAAAUCUACCCUUUCAAAUGCAAAAAAGUGGAUUUUCCGGUAUCUGAUAAAGGGCUGGAAUAAAAAAAAUUUAUAUAUACACAUAUAUAUAUAUAUGUGACAGGUACCUAAAACUUAUGUGAAAGAGGAUUUAAUUAAGUUGAGAGUAAGUUACCAUAACAGAGUAUGCAUUUAUUUAUUUGAAUUUUUCCUUUGUUUUUUUCCUUUUUAGAUUUUAUUUCCACUUAAAAAAAAAAAAAAAUAAUUUGACAGUAAACGUCUCAAGUAGAGGCGCACAUUGAAGUGUGCGAUUCCAAGCAUCACAACUGGUCCCUGUGUCAUGGGCAGGGGAAGAGUCUUAAAAUCAUUCAUUCCCUCCUCCCCGCUACGUUUUACCUUUUUCCUGUAAAGAUGAUUUGAGUUAACAUCCCACAAGCCUCUGUAAUUGUGAGAAACCGAUCCCAAAGCUGCUGCUAACCACUGUGUUCAGAAUCCCAAUACUGAAUUGGAUUUGGUAUUGACUCGUCUUUUUAAAAAGCACAUUUUAUUACUUUAUUUUCAUUGAUUUCAGGUCCUAUCCCGUCACGUCAGUUCUUCAAAUGACCCUCACCUCCAAAACUUCAAGGUGAUGGAUGGUGCUACUAGCUUCUAAAUUAUCCAGACACAAUACAGAGAGGGCCGGCUUGUAUGCUGGGAAGAUAAAAACCACACACUCUUAAACAUACUUGCUAUCAUUCCUUUAGAUGUAACCUGCCUUACGGGAUCUCCAUGAUAAAAACGUGAUCUUUUUUCUUUUCUUUUUUUUUUUUUUUUUUCUUUUUGCAAAAAAUAAAACAAAAAGAAAAGAAACAAAAGCCUUAGUUGAAUGUACAGUAAGACUUCUGUAUUUCUGAUAUGCAGAAGAGGGCAACUUUGCUAACUUUGGUCCUAUCAGUGGACAAAUUGUGAUAUAAAUGUGGAAACCAUAAUAAAAAAAAUACAAAUUGUG